AGAAACAAGGCAGACAUGCACAUAUACAUGACCUAGCUUGUACAACAAGGCACAAGUCCCAUAUGAUUUGACUUUUCGUGAUAAACAUAUAUAAUCAUAAAAACAAUUAGUGAAAAAUGGUGAGGGUGGGUGAAGCAUUGAGUGUAUCAACCUCAUCAUCUUCAUCUCUCAACGAAAGCGAUGCUGAAGAGCUUCAAAAGAUGUCACUUGAACCACCGAGAGCUAAGCCAAAGAAACGUCUCUCGAAGCAACUCUCAAUGUUGGAGACCAAAAGAGACAUGGCAUGGGAGCGUCGCCGUCGCCAGAUGCUCCAUCACCUUGAGAUGAAGCAGAUAAACGAAGGAGGAGAUACUGACUUAACAGACGAGGACUUGAGUGAGCUCAAAGGCUCUAUUGAGUUAGGGUUUGGGUUUAAGGAGGAGCAAGGACAACAACUUACAUCUACCUUGCCUGCUUUGGACCUUUACUUCGCUGUGAACCGUCAGAUCUCGCCUGUUUCCACACCAAGCAGCGGUGGAUCUUCAUCUUCUCGACUUACUUCCCUUGGAGAAGGGUCCUCCUCUUUUGGUAGUCCUAUGAGUGAUUCAGAUGGAUUGAAAUUUAUGUUUCCAGGGGAUAAUCCCCAACAGGUCAAAACGAGGCUGAGGCAUUGGGCACAAGCUGUUGCAUGUUCUGUGAUACAAUAUAAUUAAGCAAAGAAGUGAAGUGAGAGAUGGAUUUAUACAUAACGAGACGAAGAAACUGUUGUGAUAUAAUGGCAGCUAACGAGAGUUUAAUUAAGGAGGUGACUGAAAGAGAAGGGCAAAUAUUGUUGAAGUUUCAAACUGAAAGAAGAUGCAUGACUGGUCUUGCAUGUCUCCAACCUUUAUCUUCACCAAGGACCACGAAUGAUUCUAUUAUAUGUAUUAGGUUUUUGCUUCUCUUCCUUUUCCAUCUUCUCUCAUUUUUUGUUUUCUUUUAUCAAGCUUGUUUCUAAUGUCAGAGAGAAAUAAACAUCUUUUCGAGAAAUAGACUUUCAAUACAGAAACGUUGAUGAAUGAGCAGUUACUUUUCAAAACUCGAAUUUCUUUGUUAACUAAUAUUGUGCUUUUAUCACAAAUAAGCCCGGGCACAGAUCGGAUAUCCGAGUUUUUGAAGGUAUUUGUGAUUUGCUUCGUAUGUCACGGAUAUCUAAUUUUUCGAUUUGCUUUGCUUCGAAAAAAAUACGGAUAUUAGAAAAAACGGAUAUCCGGAAAAUGAAUAGAUAUUUGCGGA